AUGAACGACUUCUCAGAAUACGGAGGACUGACCAAGCAGUUCGAGGAACUCCAGGCCAACCAACCGGUGCCACCAAAGCAAGCAUUGCAAGAACUGAAAGCAUCAACCAACGAUGGGCGCGAAAAGGCAUCUGAAAAGGAGAUGGCCACACUUGGUCCUCAAGUUGUCAUUCAAGACUUCCAAAUACCCGCUCGUGAUGGGUAUUCAAUAGAAGCUAGGACCUAUCGAUCGAAAUCAGCACCAACAGACGGCAGCCUUCCCUUAUUCAUCCAUCUUCACGGUGGCGGUUUUUUGUUUGGAACAUUGUCAUCAGAGGAUGCUAAUUGCUCUCGCGUUGCCAUCAAUGCGCCCGUCGUUGUGCUCAAUGUAAACUACCGCCACUCCCCUGAGCAUACCUAUCCCACGGCUUGGAACGACACCGAAGACGCCUUCGAAUGGGCAUACACCAAUGCAAAGACCCUCGGCGCCAACAGUCAGCAAGUCAUUAUCGGCGGCAUUUCCGCCGGCUCGUGGUUGACAUCCUCGCUCGUACAAGCAAGACAUCGCAGUCGCACACCUUCAACGGACUCUAUCGUGGGCCAUAUCCUGAUGAUCCCUCCAUCAGUGCAUCAUGCGAAUUCCGAAGGGCUCAUCAAACAUCUCAAGAGCCCAGAGGUCUCGUCAUACGUGCAGAACGAGAACGCACCGAUCCUGUCCAAAGCCCGGAUUGAUCUAUUCAACAACCUCGUGUUCCCAGAGGUUCCCACAGAGCUCAGAGCCAACCCAGGAAAUGCUUCGGCUGAGCAAGUGAAGGGCCUACCGCCUGCGGUAUUUGGCAUAGCUGGCGCAGACCCGCUGCGUGAUCAAGGGCUACUGUAUGCGCAGCUUCUGGCAUCGAAUGGGGUACCGACAAAUGUCCACGUGUAUAAGGGGCUCCCACAUGGGUUCCGACGCUUUGGAGCCCAACUCCAAGAAGCGUCGACCGCCUGGGAUGAAACCAUCACAGGGGCAUUCGUUGGAUCUUAA